AUGAAGCUGCUCGCCGCGCUGCUGCUCUCGUGCGGCCUCGUCUCUGCGACGGCCGCAAACACCACAGCUACAGAGCCCGCCAUCCAGGUCCUACCGAAGAACUUCAGGCCGCCGCAGGUCUUCCAGAAUAACAACCUAGUGCGCAUAAUCAAUUUGGAGAAGAGCUAUGUGCGGGAGUCGAUCAACGUUGUGGUUGAAAAUGUCGACAAGCGGCCGCAGUCAGAGUACUAUGUGGCCUUUCCAACAGACACAAUCGACAAAGUCGGCGGCCUCGAAGGCUGGCCGAAGGACUCGGAAGAGAAGAAGAAGUUUACAGUAACGUCGACACGGCAGAUUCCUUCAAGCUCGCAUCAAUACUUCAUCAUACACCUCCAUCAACCUCUCGAACCGGCCGCAAAGCUGACCCUGACUCUGUCAUACCAUCUGCAAUCCGCUCUUACUCCUAUUCCGGCUGCAAUUGAACAGGAUGGCAAGCAAUAUCUCUCCUAUACCUUCCCGCAGUUUGUUCCGUCCGCAUACACCACCAACAAGCAGAAGACGACCGUCAAGUUCCGUGGCACAGAUGUUCCAGACUACACUCGACCUACCACUCUCAAGUCCGAAGAGGACCCUAAGCGUGAGGGCAGCACCUUUACCUAUGGCCCGUAUGAUAUGGAAGUCAAGCCGGGCACCAGUGCACCCAUCACCGUUCGCUACGAGUACACGAGACCCGUGGUGACCUGCACUCGCCUCGAACGUGAUAUCGAGAUAUCCCACUGGGGCGGUAAUAUGGCCACUGAAGACCGAUUCUGGUUCAGAAACGACGCUGCCAAACUGACCAAACAGUUCUCCCGAGUCGAAUGGACCAAGAAGCAGUUCCACAAUGCACAGAGCGUAGCCUUGAACUUGAUCAGAGUGCCCCUUGCUCCAGGGUCUGUAAACCCUUACUUCAUUGACGACAUCGGCAAUGUCUCGACCAGCCGAUUCCUACCUGCUACAGAGACUCGUCUCGGCCUCUUGGAUUUACGCCCGCGUUACCCCAUUUUCGGUGAUUGGAAGUACAGCUUCAAGAUCGGCUGGAACAACCCACUCUCCAGCGUCUUGCGGAAACAGAAAACUGGCUCUGGCGAGUCAUACGUUCUCAAAGUACCGUUCAUUGACGGGCCAAAGAUUCCUGAGGGUGUUCAGUACCAGGACUUGGAAAUCAGAAUCAUUCUGCCUGAGGGAGCUGAGAAUGUCAAAUAUGAGAUUGUUGAUGGAUUGGGUAUUCCCAACCAUAUCCGCUCCGAAAUUUCAUACUACAAGACCUUUUUAGAUACCAAGGGCAGAACUGUCCUGAAUCUCUCCACCACCAAGGUUGGAGAUGAGGCUAAGGAUGGAUUCAUCAUCGUAACAUACGACUAUCCUUUCCUCGCUGCCUUCAGAAAACCAUUGAGCAUUUUCGGUGCUAUGCUUGCAGUUUUCACUGCCGCAUGGGUCCUGGGUAAUAUUGACGUUAGCAUUAAAAAGAGGUAG